GGUUCCUUGACUGCUGGUGGGUUUCCAUCUGGUCUGGUCGUGACCGGUUUGUCGCACGACUGCCAACCAUGCUGAAGUUCAAUGCAGAGAGAGUAAAAAGACAGGCUCUGGCGAGGGAGGUCGAAGAGUUGCGUAGAGAAUGCGCAAGGUUGAGACUGCUCGCGGAGAACAGGGAGAAGGAGACCCACAAACUGAGAAGACGUUUGGCUGCAGGACAAUCCCAAUCACCUCCUGCCAGAGAUGGUGGCAUCAUGAUGGGGGGCGAGGGAGGCAGGUAUUCCCCAGAGCUGGCGGCAGGAGUGUUGCGGCCUAGGUACAGUGGGCUCGGUGGUGCCUCUGCCGGAUUGUUUGCUGCGGCCACUGCAGGACUCUCGUCCGGGGAAUCGAGAGGGGCACCAACUUAUGGGUCACCCCCCACUUCGAGUGGGGGUGAUCGAAGGGCAUCUAGGUUGUCUUAUCUGGAUAUGGCAGUCCUGGAGGGUUCAAGACAUUUGCGGAAGGAGCGAUCAUCUCCUAGAUCAUCAAGACUCACAUCACGUGGACAAUGUUCUAUGAACCAGUUGUCGACCGAUAGUGUGGUUGAUUGCACAGUCACAGGGAGUAUUGAUGAUGACACCGAAUGUGUGGGCCAAUCUGACUAUGUUGCAGCGACGUCCUUCAGUCGAAAUGGAAUCUCAACUCCAAUUGCAGUGAAUGAACCAGGUGGCGAUUUCCCAAGGGAUCAAGAAGGAAGCCUUGGAGAGGGAAUUGAAGUGACCGGAAACCAGGAGGACAGUUGUGUAGAAGGAGAUGAUGGAAGAACAAGUGUAUUGACAGCUGAGGGCGAGUUCAGUAGGAUUGAUGCACAAUCGCAGGCUGCAUUCUCCGGCCAUACUAGCCCCAUUACUCGGUGCAGAUUGUCUGUGUCAGGAGCGAAUGUUGCAAGUGCCUCUGUUGAUGGUACUGUCCGAAUAUGGACAUAUGAGGUGGGCAUGCCCACGACGCGGAAUGCAACACUGUAUUGCGGCGCAGAAGUGCUCUCUCUGGAGUGGGAUUCCAAAUCGGACCGCUUGCUUCUGAUGGGAACAGCAGAAGGCGGAAUAAAGGCGUGGAAUGUAGAUGCCAAGCGUGUGGUUUGCGAUCUAUCGGUAGAUGCAUCAUUUCCACGAGUUGUUGACAUCAAGGGUAGCCCAACUGAUGCAGCAUUUUCGUGUGCGACCUCAUCGGCAAGCAGGAAUGCACCCAGCAGUUACGGAAGUGCCAUGAGCGGAAGUCAAGUUGACAGCGUUGAUCACCCUAAAGGCACUGUGGCCAUUUGGAACAUGAGAGUCUGGAAGAUCCUUAACACUCUUGUCUUGGGUGAAGAACCAUCGCUCGUGUUGUCUCUGUGCUACAAUCACAAUGGGAAGAUCCUUGCGACUGCUGCUACGGAUGGACUGAUAAGGCUUUUUGAUAUGAGCUCAUGCUCGCUAAUUACCAGCUGGACGGCUCACAGGUCAUGUGCUGCUAGCUGUGUGCGCUUCGGUUACAAUCACACGAGCGUGUUCACACUUGGAUCCGAUGGAAAUGUUUUGCUCGGCGCCUUUGUCAGGCAUGCCAGCACAUGAGAUGGCAGUAGAACCACAUGGGCGAAGCUUGCUAACGACGUCAUGCACGUCAUUCGCUCCUAUCUUCAGUCUGGAAGGCAGCAGCAGUGCAGAACUACCGAAAAUUUCACGAGGCCACAGCGGUCCAAUCACCUCUGUGGAUUGGCAUCCCCUAUUACCAGUUUUCAUCACGGGCUCAGAAGACCGCGCGGUUCGCGUGACUUCUUUGUGAUGCUCAGGACUCUCAGAGUUUCCUUUAAAGUCUGUGAUUGCUGGGUGGCUAAAUUUGUCACACUGAGUUACGUACGAAUGCUGGUCCUUCCCAGCAUGAGCAUGGAUCGUCUCCUCUGCAUACAUUGUUUCAUCUCAGCAUCACUUUUUUUCACUGUGAGGCUUCGUCACCGUUCCACAAGGUGUCCUGCUUUUCACUCUUCCCACCAGCAAAAAAAAUCUGCAAGUUGCCGCUUGCUAGGAUUCUCCAUUGCUAAAUCACUCUAACUUGCAAGUUGCUGCAAGUUGCUCCGAAGUCGCUGCUUGCAAGUUACAGCAAAGCCACUUUUACAUCGCGGCUAGAAAGUUACUGCGGUUGCUUGCCAAGUUGCUGCUUGCAAGUUACUGCAAGUUGAUUUGGAGUCGCCGCUUGCAAGUUUUACUGCACGUUGCUUCGUAGACGCUGCUUGAAAGUUACUGCUAGUUGCCUGCGAAGUCGCUGGACGCCGGAUACUGCAAGUUGAAGCCCCUGAAACAACAAUUUAUUUCCUUUCAUAGCGAAAACAAUCCGCGCUCUUGCACCUGAUUACAGCAAGUUGCUUGCAAAGUCGCUGCUUGCAAGUCGCUGCUUGCAAGUUAGUGCAAGUUGCGUGCGAAGUCGCUGCUUGCAAUUUACUGCAAGUUGCUUGUAAGUUACUUGUAAGCUGCUGCCUGCAAGUCACUUGUAAGUCACUUGUAAGCUGCUGGGAAGUUACUGCAAGUUAGUGCUUGCUACUGGAGAGUUAUGGCUUCCUGAAAUUUACUGUGCUUUUUUUCUGCCUGGAAGUUAUUGUCAGUCACCUGUAAGCUGCUGCCUGCAAGUUACGGUGUUUAUAUGCAAGGUGCUGGUUCCUCCCAAGUUACUGUGUUCAUAUGGACGGUACUGCGGCCUGCAAGUUAGUGCUCGCUGCUUGCAAGUUACGGCUUCCCUUCAAGUUACUGCGUUGUUUUUCAAGUUGCUUCUGGCCAGUUAAGUGAACUUCUUACUUCCUCAACACGUCAGUUCACGUCAGCUGCGAAUUGCCCCUUGCAAGGUACUUGAUGUCACUGCAAAAGAAGUUACGGCUUGGAAACUCAUCUGCAAGCUGCUGCUUCCCAGUUACUAUGAGUCAUUUGCAAGUUACUGCUUACAAAUUACUGCAAGUCAUUCCGAACUUGCUGCUUCAGAGAAGUUUGGUAUUAUUACCAGAUAUUUGCCCAAUUGAAGGAAGGGAGGAGGAGGGGGUGGGGGUUGGAGGGGGAGAAAGAGGUUGUGAAGGCUCUUCUAAAUGUCAGCUGCAGUUUGCCGCUUGCGAGGUGAACGCUGUACUGAAUUUCAGAUGGGGGUUGCCGUUGGCGAGUACUAGAGAUGAGAGUUGCAGUCAAUGACGUCAGCCAGUAUAUAGUCUGCAGUGAUCCUUGGAAGUCGGGAAAGUAGAUGUGCGAGCAAGGUUCUUCAAAGAUGCAUGCAGCACAUGCAAACAUGGUGUCACACAUUUUGUUCUGUGACACAACUUGAUCUACAUAGAUAUAUGACAGAGCUUAUGAGAGUUGCAGUCAAUGAAGUCAGCCAGUAUAUAGUCUGCAGUGAUCCUUGGAAGUCGGGAAAGUAGAUGUGCAAGCAAGAUAUAUGACAGAGCUUCGACAUGAAUUCAAGAUUGCCGUACUCGGCAUUGCGCGGGCGUGUGGCCCUUAUUUCUAUGUAUAUUUAGAAUGAACGACGCAGGAGGACGCACAUGCACGCACACGCUCGGAUACCAUACUCGGCAUUGCGUGCGCUUGUGGCCCUUAUUUCUAUGUAUAUUUAGAAUGAAUCACGCGCGAGUACGCACACACUCGGACACACUGCUUGCAGACGUGUGCGUGCCUGGCACCGAUGUUGUUAUUGGUUUUUUUAUUAGAAAAGGGAGGAGGAUGGCAGGUGCAAGGUGUGUAGUACUGUGUAGUAUGUACUGGUGUUAUGCUCGAGAACUGCGCUGCAGGAAAAGUGUAGGUUCGCGUUUUUUCAUGGGCGGAUGUCACAUGCUUUUCCGCUCAAUCGCAUCUGUGGUGAACCUUCUGCUUGUUCAAACAACACACAGCUGUAGUCUUUGCAAUCAGUUUUUUUUUUUUCUUUUUCCCACAACUAUGCGGGCGUUGAGAGUCGUGUUGCACAGACACGUGCACAUCCGUCAGAGGCCCGACCCUCAAAUGAGGGGGAACAUGCUAAUUCCGCCCGCGUUCACAGUGCACGUGGACGUCAAGUGAUGUAAAGUCUCUCUUAGCUCAAGCGCACAGUUAUGGGGGAUCUUGCACUCUUAUAAAAUAUAUAUAUUUGCUUUAUGUUUGCUUUAUAGUUGUUCAGAAGGGAGUGAGGUCAUUGUUAGCUGAUUGUUCACAAACAGACUUACACACACACACACACACACACACACACAAGCACACACAAACACACGCACACGUGUGCGCGCACACACACAAACACACAAACACACGCAAAUACUUGCACAUGGGCAUGCACACGCGCACACACACACACACACACACACACACACACACACGCACACACACGCACACGUGCUCGCUCGCACACACACACACAUGCACACGUGCUCGCUCGCACACACACACACACACAUGCACACGCACCCCCCCCCACUCUAUAUGUAUAACUAGAUGUGUAAACAGUUUCUUACCUACCUUAGCGCCAGGAAGGAUGAAGCUCCAUGCUGCUGGUUUAUAUCUGAUCCUUCAUCAUCUUCUAAAGUUACGUUGUAUGUGAACGCAGUAGGUGAGAUCGACUUGCAAUGUUGCUGCGUGUGUGCCAUGUAGUAUGUGUGAUAGGCUUUGGAGGCACACAGAGAAGCAUAUGUGCUACAGUUUUUUUUGGAGGAAACCUAGAGUACAGACUGUGCGCAGAUGUCUCCGUAUGCCGUAUUGCGAUGUGUUGGGAACAUGCAUGGUUGUCUGUGGAAGCUUGUGGAAGGCUAACUGGACGUGAUUGCGGCCAGAUGCAUCCUUUUAAUCGACAAGUGGACGGAGGUUGGCAAUAGAACUCCUGUGCAGUGCUGUUUUCACGAAUGAGGUGUUGUGCAGCAGGACAAACUCCAGCUUCUCUUCGGGCACACUUGCACGUGACUUUUUCGAUUCAUCUCUGCAUCUGAUUGCGGCCAGACGGACACCUGGCCUUGCAGCUUCCAUCGGUACGCCAACCAGCUUACACUUGGCAUGGAAUCCCAUCGCAGUAUAUUGAAGGCAACUAGGAGAGUCUGAGCUUCUAAGAUUUUGGUGGAGCUAGACGGAUAAACCAUUAAUAGAGUUGAGAUGAGCUGAGGAGUGAAUAGGGACUAGCUAUCAGAGUUAGGCCUGGCGAAUGGAGGCUACCAAGCAAGCCUAGGCCUUGAUGGAAGUAAAUAGCAGAGCUCAGCAGUGCCGAUUGCCGAUUGAAGUCGAUGCAGAAGCAGUGGAGUUCAGAUCGUACAGGUGACGACUGAGUUCCAGUUAAGAAGAUGGGGUGACAGUAUGUUGGAAAGUGUGGCCAGAAGUAAGUAGCUGGCACAGUCAAAGGUAACUAACUAGUGAAGGGGUAGGCAUUCUCCGAUAUCAAACUCCUACAGGUCUGGAGGUUCCUUCGUUUCUGUAGACGCAAUGCUCCCGGCCGGAGGCAUAGAAUGACAACUCAAACAAGCCUAUGUUCUAUUCGCUCAGUCGCACAGCCAAAGAAAAAGCACAGAAGGGGGGGGGGAAGGGAGAGAGAGAGAGAGAGAGAGAGAGAGAGGACAAGACACAAGCAAUGCCACGAUGCUCUCGGCCAUGGAGUCGGUAGACAGUAAGGAGAGAGAGAGAGAGAGAGAGAGGACAAGGCACAAGCGAUGCCAUGAUGCUUCCGGCCAUGGAGUCGGUAGAUAGGAUUCCUGCACUUGCUAAUAAGUAGGUAUACAGCACGAGUCCUAUUUUGGCUGUGCCGCUUUUGCCCACGAAUGUACAUUAGCCAAACUCGGGUUGUCAUUUGCGGCAUGCUUUUGUAGGCUUGUAGCAUUUUAAGAGCGCAGACAGGGAACUGUGAUUAAAAAGAGAGUAGACAAGGACCCGUGCAAUCGCUGAUCCUCUGUAGCAUCGGAUUUUUCUAUGGGUUUAGCUGCGAUCAUGCGCCAUGGGUAUCUAUGUGAAGACUCAGUUCUCUUCCAAAUGGACAUAUCCGUCUCCCGAAACCCAAGGACUCGAAAUAUCAGAGGAAGGAAUGCAAUUCCCAGUCGUGGAGUGGAUGGGACUCUUCUCCUUCUAUCCUCUGUAAACUGCAAGGGUGUCAGCAUUUUCUUCUUGAAAUGGCCCUACAGGCUAAAGGCUAAAGGCCCUAAACCGAUGCAGUUUUGUAAAAUGCCCCCCAAACAAACAUGUGUUAAGUCG